AAGAAAAAAAAUCCUUAAAAAUAAAAAAAAUUGAGUCUUUAAAUACAAUAUCCCAACAAUGCAUAUAUAUAUGUGUGUGUGUGUGGGGGGGUAUAUUAUAUGCUUUGCAGCAAGCACCCAGCUACUACCACCUUGAAUGGAACCUUCUCUGGUCUUAGCCCCUCUCUCAUCUCCCAGGGGAAUGUCUGAUUCUGGGAAUUGAAAAAUUUUGCCUCUUUUUAUCUCCUCCAGUUUCUUGCAGCCUCUGUUGCUCUCUCUCUCUCUCUCUCUCAGACACACUUCACUGGACACCCAAAAAGCUCAAACACAGUCUGCUGCUUUUGUUCGGUCUGCCCUUUCCAAAAGAUUUUGGUCCUCAUUUUCAAGCGAUUUGUCUACCUUUGACAGAGGAACAAAGAUAGAGUAAUUUCUGGGAUAUGGGAUGCUUUGUAUCAACACCAAAGGAUUCCGGUGGUAACAGAAGCAGACCUGCAAGCAUAGGAGAUGUCUCUGUGUAUGUUCCUGGUCUAAGGAUUCCUAUAGCAGAUGAUUUCUCUGAGUCUCUGGGCUCCAGCUUGCCCAAGGAGAUAGUGGAACGCCUGUCUGCCCUGAGGACACGAAUAGUGGUAAUGGCUGGUCAAGAAUCUCCCAUGAUCACGAGACCACGAAGAAAGACUGCCACUCAACAUGGAGGUUCAACAGUGGCAGAUCUUCAUCAGGCUCUCGAAGAUUACUUGCCGGUUCUUUUGGGACUUGUGAAAGACGGGAGCCACUUGCAACACAAAGUGCAGUUCGAUUGGAUUAAUCAGGAGGAUGAAACAGAGGAAACAGCCCUCUCAAAUGCUUGGUAUGAGGUUUUGUCGGUAUUGCAUUUGAUGGCAAUGCUAUUGUUAUCUCAGGCCAAUUUAAUGCUUCUUCCAAGAACAUCUACCGAUGGUUACCCACCAAAAGUUUCCGAUGAAAAUAAGCGGGCAUCUAUUGAUAUUUUUCUGAAGGUAGCUGGAUACCUCGACUGUGCAGUUCGACGCAUACUUCCGCAGUUGCCCACUGAACUCAGGAGACUAUUGCCUAUAGAUCUUUCGGAAGGAGUCCUUCAAGCGCUUUGCCUACAGGCAUUGGGGCAGGCUGCUGACAUACAACUCGGGAUGGCAAUUGACAGUAUGAAAGCCACUCUAGCAGUGAAGCGGCGGCUUGCAUGUGAGAUGGUAAAGUACUGGCAGCAGGCUCAAGAUAACCUUAUGAACCUUCCGUUGACAAAUGGCUGGGGAGAAAAGCAUCAGCUCUUCGUAAAGUGGAAGCAUCUUGAAGCGAAGGCAGCUGCAUAUUAUUACCACGGUCUGAUACUCGAUGAAGUGAACACAGAGAAGUCCCAUGGAAUGGCAGCUGCAGCUUUGCAAGCAGCAGAUGAGUAUCUCAAAGAAAGCAAGAAGGUCCUCGAGGCCUUUCAUGCUUCCCCUCCCACUUCGAGAAACCCAUCUCUAUGGGGAACCAUGAAGUACCUUUCUGAGAAGAUCCCGAAGGAUGCUUCCAGCAAGGUGCGAAUAAACCGCGACCUCUACUCUUGCGAUAGGAUCGCCGAGACUGCACCAACUCUGCCCGACUUCGCUUUGGCCUUGAAACCCGAUGAUUACCAACUCCCUCCUGUGCAUGAUUCUUGGAACGAAGAUGGAAUUAAUGGAGAGAGCUCAUGAACUGAUGAUGAUCUGUACAUGCUUCUUCUCACAAUUCAGAGCAUUCGAGAGUCGAGCCACAUAAAGUCUGCACAGAAACGAAAUCUUCCCAUUGUGACUUGCAAAAGGUCUUCUUUUUUCCCUAGGUCUCCUCCGUUUUUCUGGUUAUUUUUGCUGAAGUUAAUGGGAGAAUCACAACGAGUUGCCUCAGGAAAGCUUCGUAAAAGUUCAAUGUUUGAUGUAAUUUGCGGAAGGAAAAUGUCAUCCUUUCUUUCCUCCACAAGAUUAGACUCAAGCAAACAAUCUUGUACUUUUGUAUGAUCAAAAUUAUACAGUGAGUUUUUCCAA